UGCACGUUUACCUCAGCAGACUUAUCUCCUACGCCAAAGUUAGUAGUUGCACUGCGGCCAGCCAGGUAGCUUACGUAGCCUUCACCGCUUGAUUGCUGCGGCUCUUUCAAUCACUGGCGCGUCUAAUUUUAAGACCUGGAAAAGUCUACUUGUUUAAUAGCACCUAUUUACCUAUAGCCUAUACAUUARUUGAUUUGUUUUCCGGUUUUCUUAUUCUGUCUUGGUGGAACGCAUAAGCUAAGUCUUCAUAGGUUAAGGCUAUUUAGGGAUAGUUUUAGAGCAAGUUGGCUAUUAUUUGCACCAGGAGUUAGCUUUCAAGCUAAAUUAAGAAGUCUGUUUUGAUGCCGGAUUUUGAGCAUUUCAGAUUUUCAUACUCUAGCAUGAAUCCAUUAUUGGGGGAGAACGCGUUCCUGGUUCAGCAACAGCAGCAUAACCAGAUGGGGAGCCAUUCUGAUUCUUCCAUGACAGGCCUAGACUCAUACGGUGCAGCUGACUCAGGCUUCAUCUUGGGCGAGCACACCGGGUUUGGACAAGAUGGCAUAUCUGGCCUGGACUUAAAUGCGCUGCCACCUUCAGGACUCGCUUAUUUGCACCAGAACAACAUACACCGUGCACCGCCGCCCCCCGCAGCGAUGGCCCUGCGUAACGACUUGGGCUCCAACAUCAGUGUUCUCAAGACCUUGAAUUUGCGCUUCCGUUGCUUUUUGGCUAAAGUUCAUGAACUGGAGCGUCGGAAUAAAGCUUUGGAGAAGCAGCUUCAACAGGCUUUGGAAAAUAAUGAGGACAAUUUAGAAGGACACGGGAAAAAGCCAUUGACUAAGGAAAUGGGAGUCCAGACUGGUUUCGUAGGGCCCAUCGCAGUUAGGCCCGGACAUAUCCCACUCCAGAACGUCAAUAACUCUGCAUACCUGCCUGGGGGUCUUCUCUCUCCAUCACUCAACAGGCCUACAACUCCCUCCUUUGAGUCCAACAGCAAAUCAGUAUUUAGGAACUCGACUCUGACUGACUCCAAUACCAACCUCAAUUCCAACCAACUCACUCCACAUAUUUCCCUCAGUCCUUUAUUAACCCCUACUGAUACUUCCAACACUGUAUCCAACAUUAACGAGAAAUAUGUCAGUUCUGGAACUGGUAUGUCUACUAACCCGCCUCCCCGGUUCCUUCCCGGCACCGUUUGGUCCUACAACCACGACCGCAGGUUUGGCGCGGGGAGGGAGUCGCGCGUUACAGACAUGGGUGUGCCUUGUGCCCAAACGGACGGAGUAGGUGUUCAAAUCGACACCAUCACCCCUGAAAUACGGGCCCUGUACAACGUGUUGGGCAAGGUGAAACGAGAGAGGGAUGAGUAUAAACGCAGAUGGGAGGAAGAGUACACAGUCAGAGUGGACCUCCAGGAGAAAGUGGCUGAGCUGGAGGAGGACCUCCAGGAGAGUGAGGUGUGUCAGGAUGAGCUSGCCCUCAGGGUGAAACAGCUGAAAGCUGAACUGGUCCUCUUCAAAGGCCUUAUGAGCAACAACCUGUCGGAUCUGGACAGUAAGAUCCAGGAGAAGGCCAUGAAGGUGGACAUGGACAUCUGUAGACGCAUCGACAUCACGGCUCGCCUGUGUGAUGUGGCCCAGCAGAGGAACUGUGAAGACAUGGUCCAAAUCCUUCAGAUGGCCACACCUCCUUCCACUCUGACCCGCCGGCCCCGGAAACAGGCGGCCCAAUCGGUUAAAGGCGGCGACGGGGARGAACCAACCAGCAUCUCUGAGAGCGAGGCGGACAAGGAUGAGGAGUCGUGUAGCACAUCAGCCAAUCAGAUCAACGAGGAAAUGCAGAGGAUGCUGAACCAGUUGAGGGAGUGUGAGUUCGAGGACGACUGUGACAGCCUGGCCUGGGAGGAGACUGAGGAGACUCUGCUGCUGUGGGAGGAUUUCCCAGGAUACACUCUGGGGGCAGUGGAGACACAGGGGGAGCAACAGCACGCAGCAGCACAGGAGGAGUCCAUAGAGAAGGUAAUACAGGACACAGAGUCCCUCUUCCAGACCAGAGAGAAGGAGUAUCAGGAGACCAUUGACCAGAUCGAGUUGGAGCUGGCCACGGCUAAGAGUGACAUGAACAGACACCUGCACGAGUACAUGGAGAUGUGUUCCAUGAAGCGAGGCCUGGARGUGCAGAUGGAGACGUGCAGGAGACUCAUCACCCAGAGUGGAGACAGGUAUCAGACACCUCCGCAUGGUGCUGAACACUCUAAACGCUCAAAAAGAUACCCUAGGAAAUCUCCCCCUCUCGUUACUGCGGCAAUGGAAGACUCUGAUGACGGKGAGAAGGAGAGGAGUAAGGUGUCCCCAUCCGCAGACUCUGAAAGUGAUGAAGCCUACUGUGACACCAAGGUUAAUAGUGGUACGGUCUCUCACUUACCAUGGAGGAAGUCCUAACCCUUACUGAUGAUUCCCUGUAGAUGUACCAUAGUCUGGAUAGUGCUGUUGUUUACAUCUUUAUUGCCAUAAAUUAUGUAAAGCCAGCAGACUCUUUCUAGGGCCGUAAGUCACCACUGCCCUCUUGUGGUUCAGGUUAUUACGACACCUAAUCUGAUAGGACUAAAUGGCAUUUAGGAAAAGGAAGUCAAUUGGAUUUCUUAACAUUGUGAUAUUUCUAUGAUAUGAACGAUCAAAAUAUAUACCUUUUUGUUAAGUUUGCCCAUUGAUCUUGCUAUAUGUAUUAAGAUUCAACCGAAAACAAUUUGCACACAGUUUUUGUGGAAUAAAUGCCUUAUGUUACAUUGCAGAUACAGAUUUGAAACAUCAGCAGAAUUUUUGAAGGCAAACAAAAAAAUGCACCACUAGCAAAAAAUUGGCACAGGAUAAGUCUUUAUCUAGCAGUCUGUCACGUUUGAACAAAAUUAACAUUUACAGUUUGCUAAAGGGAAAGGGCCUAGCUGUUGAUAGCCAUCUAUGAAAAUCUAUUUUCUUUAUAGUUAAUAUCCUUCUCAUUCCAUUUUUCCUUUUUGAAAGUAUGGAUACAAUUUCUGAGAAACAUAUAGAAAGAUUAAAGGAUGCAAAGCCUUUUUAAUCAAUCUCACAACAUUUGUAUGUACACAUGUUAUUAACAGAAAGGUUCACAACAUUCGUAUGUACACAUGUUAUUA